CUCCGAGACGCGACGGAGGCGCGAGAGGGGAACGAGAGCCUCGUGAAGGAGUGGGCCCUUUGUUUCUUCGCGGGAAGGGCCUGCUGCCGGGCGUGUGUUCGUGGACGGACCUGUUGUAGCGGAAACCUUAGUCCCCAGCCCUGCGUACUCGGUUCACGUCGGACCGGACUGUGUCUCUCACCCCGGGCCCGCCAUGGCCCAGCAGAGAGCCCUGCCCCAGAGCAAAGAGACGCUACUGCAGUCAUAUAACAAGCGGCUCAAAGACGACAUCAAGUCCAUCAUGGACAACUUCACCGAGAUCAUCAAAACGGCCAAGAUUGAGGAUGAGACGCAGGUGUCGAGGGCUACUCAGGGCGAACAGGACAACUACGAGAUGCACGUUCGAGCUGCCAACAUUGUCCGGGCUGGUGAGUCGCUGAUGAAGCUGGUAUCUGAUCUCAAGCAGUUUCUGAUCCUCAAUGACUUCCCAUCUGUGAAUGAAGCCAUUGACCAGCGUAACCAGCAGCUUCGAGCCCUGCAGGAGGAGUGUGACCGCAAGCUCAUCACCCUGCGGGAUGAGGUCUCCAUUGACCUGUAUGAGCUGGAGGAGGAGUACUACUCGUCCAGCUCAAGUCUCUGCGAAGCUAAUGACCUGCCUCUAUGUGAAGCUUACUGGAGGCUGGACCUCGACACAGAUUCUGCUGAUGGCCUCUCAGCCCCUCUUCUGGCGUCCCCGGAGACUGGUGCUGGUCCCUUGCAGUCUGCAGCCCCUGUCCACUCCCAUGGUGGUGGCCCUGGCCCUACAGAACACACCUGAGCUUCUUGGGGUGCUGUCUCAGGGUAGCCUUCCCGAGGGCCCUAGUUUAUCAGAAAGGAAGUCCUGUGGAUACCCACCACAGCCUAGCUUUUUUCAGUCUUAGCUCCCUUGGGGACUUUGGAUCAGGAGCCACUGUAGCCUUAGGAACCUGGCCAGGCCAGGGCCAGUUCCCUGUGAUAGUUGGGGAAUGCUGUUCAGUUAUUUACAGGCAGGUGGCUACCUUCCUGACUGCGGGUGGAGGUUUGUCCCAUUGAAGACCUUGCAUAGGGAGGGUGACUGCUGAUAGGAAGACAGCCUCAGCUUGUUUAGAAUUGUGAGGUAUUCAGUGGACCUUAGUCCAGUCACCCAUCCUUAGGCUCAGGUUCUAUACAGAGCCCUGUCCACUGCCUGGGGCCUGGAGCAUAGAAGUCUGCCACAGCUGACAGUCCAAGAAGGUUGUGUGAAUGGCAGCUAGCGCGCCGGGGCAUCUUCCUGGAUUCUCCACCAUUUUCUUCUGCUACUUUUGUGAUGAGACCAUUGAAUAAAAGAUCAGCUUUC